AUCAAGAUGGCGACCGAGGGUGAGUACGAGUCGGUCCUCUGUGUCAAACCUGAUGUCAACGUUUACCGAAUCCCCCCGCGAGCAUCCAACCGGGGCGUCAGGGCGGCUGACUGGAAGCUGGAUGCUCCUGACUGGACAGGACGCAUGCGUGUGACAGCCCGGGGCAAGGUGGCCUACGUGAAACUGGAAGACAAGAUCUCUGGGGAGCUGUUCGCCCAGGCACCGGUGGAGGAGUACCCUGGCAUCGCUGUGGAAACUGUCAGCGACUCGAGCCGCUACUUUGUGCUCCGAAUCCAGGACGACGGUGGGCGCAGUGCAUUCAUAGGUAUUGGGUUCGGAGACAGGGGCGACUCCUUUGACUUCAAUGUUGCACUGCAGGACCACUUCAAGUGGGUGAAACAGGACAAUGAAAUCAUCAAACAGUCGCAGACUCCAGACACCACUCCUAAACUCGACCUGGGCUUCAAAGAGGGGCAAACCAUAACUCUCAAUAUUGGGCAAUCAAAAAAGAAGGAUAAGUCUCGUCCGCAGAGUUCAGGUGGACUUGGACUCCUCCCACCUCCUCCUGGAGGCAAGCUCGCCCCACCCCCUUCAUCUAGAUCAACCAAUCAUAAUACACAAGCACCUACAGGAGGAAGCAACACCGGUUGUUUGCUAGACCUGGACUCCAGUAACUCCAACUUAGCAGCUCCAUCAAACCCCAACACCACAGCCAGCUCUGACCUCUGGGGAGACUUUGACUCUGUUUCCCCAAAGUGAAGGGAGAAUCUCUGUCUUUUUCUCUCCUGGUUACUUUUCUGUAAAUUAAUGCAGAACUUAUUAUUUUUUCCCAUCAUGGGGUCUUGUAUCUCUCCCUGCCAAGCAGGGGAAACCCCUGUAAGAGCUCAUUUCAGUUCAGUUCCAUAAAGCUUAUCUUUGAGCUAGAAGCAGACCCCACUGUCCCAGCCAGUAGGAUUUAGGAUUUUAGGUCAUCUCCUCCACCUCAGCAGACUCCCUAUCACUCUCCUCUACACAUUUUUCAGUCUUUUUUUGUUUACCUCCCUCUCUCUAUUUCCCAAUGCCCCAUACUCCUAUUUCCAUUUUGUUUUUGCCCUUCGCCCUUUCAUUUGUCAUAUCUAAUUUCUUAACUACUAUCACAGAGUAUUUAUCAAAGAUAUUAUCAAGGGAGAGAUAUCCAUAGAAAUAGUCUGAUGGUAAAAUAUAAUGAAAUAUAAUAAUGAAUGAAUUUUAUGUACAGAGAAUAUUUAUUGUAAAUGUAUAUAUACAUAUAUAUAUAUAUAGAUAUUGUCAGUAGUUUGUAAUUAUUGUCACUGACGUCGUUACUUGUGUGUAGCUUUCUCCAAAUCCCCAGCUGGGGCCUAAUUAUAUGCACUGACUGACAGGCUGGUCCGUCUAUCGAGUUGGAAAUGGGUGAAGUCUGCAUUUUAAUGCAAGGAUUAUUUUAAUAUUACACGUAGUGAGGCUUACCAUUUCAUGAUUCCCUAUGGAAGAAACGUGUCAGGCUGUAGCCAUCCUACAUAGUAUUUGGCUGUCUGGUACCCUCUAGUGGGCUUUUGUAGCUCUGCAACCUCACUGUGGCAUUGAGUGAGGAGUUUUUAACUGGAGCUGCAGCUGUUGAACAUAUAUUUCACUGCAGAUGUGUGUUCUGGGCACGGAGCGCGUUGUUUCAACUGGAGGAUAUUGUAAAUCAGCACAAGGAGACAGACAUGUGCAAAUGUUGGAUGUUAGAGAGUGAUGGGAAAUGAAUGAGGGGAAUAAAGUGAGUAUGCUUUUAUCUUUGCCUGUAGGGGAAACAGAAGGUUUAGUCCAUGUUAUGUCAUCUCUACUCAACAGAGCUGUUGUAGCUGUGUCUGGGUGAGUCAUUCAGGUCAUGACCUCUCUCCUGCUCAAUGAAUGGCCCUGUGUUCUGCACCGUCCCGCCAUUCUGGGGACAAAUUCAUCUCCCUAAUGCAUUAUGAGAAGGUGAACAGGUCCUAGACUUAACACACAACAUGUGCUGCACAAACAGAUUUUAACUGUGAACUUGAAAUCUAUGUUGAGAUUUAAUGUUAGUCUCACUCCAUGCAGUGUGAGACCAAGCUCGUCUUUGUUAGGUGCAGUGUUUUGUUGUUAUUUUCUUAAUGUGAGGAGAAAUUAACCGGAUUACAGUGAUAUCACACAUGCACAUGUAUUGUGAAAGAUGUGUCGUGACCAGUGUGAUGAUGGAUGUUUGUUGAUUGGAUCACACUGAAACUGUGUGAGUGUAUGUACGCCCUAACAAUGUUGGUCAGUGUUUGUUUACUGUUCAGAUAAUAUGCAUUUUUCCCAGAUGUUACUUGUUAUUAAUUGUACAUGUGUAUGGAAAUGUAUAUGGAAAUGCAAUGAAAAAUACAAAGAUAUCACCUAAUGACCCUAAC